AUGGCACACUCUGACCUCACAGGAGAGCAAAAGGAGUCCUAUGUGAACAAGGAAAUGAACAAGUUUAAAAGAACCACUGUACCCAAACUACUCACAGCGGAAGACAUGGACCAGGCUGAAACGGCUAUCAUCAAAUAUUGCCAAGCCCACGACACCCCAACCCACCCCGCAGGCCUGGUCCCCCACUCAGUCUCCAGAGAAGAAGAAACCCCUACUGAUGGCGUUCGGGCCCCCAGACCAGGUCAAGGGACAGGGUAUCGGCAUCGUGUCAUGCAGUGGGGCUAUUCACGCGUAUCCAGGCGUAGGCGUAAGUUCGUGCUCCUAGCCGAGGCUCCAGAGAAAAAGUUUGCUCUAUUGGUUGGCGAUUCCAAUUUGCAAGCUAUUGUGGAUGGGUUUGUCACCAUGCCAAAGAGUACUUUCUCCUUAGGGGUGCUGUCUUCUCCUGGAGCAUCUGCAGACGAGUUGCGACGUGAGGUACUGGAUACGGUUCUGCCUCGGACCCCAGACGUCAUCUGUCUUCUGGCGCCCAGCAACAACUUGAGUUCUAGCACGACCUACCAGGAGGCGGGACGGGACUUCGACUCUUUGUUGCAUACCAUAAGCAACCUCUGUGCUAAUGUGGUUGUUUUGGACUUCCCACCACGGCUCAUCGUCGAGGAGAGGGAGCAGGCACUCCUGCGACAGGAGUACAGCCGUGUAGCAACCAAGAGAAGUGUUCGGUACCUACCGGUCACUGAGCACUUCCCUCUCAGCCAUCUGGACAUGUGGAGUAGGGAUGGUGUUCAUCUGAGUGACGCACCUGGGAUGGAGGUUCUUGCUAAGUUGCUGUGGGCUGCUGUCUCCACACAACUUCAGUUAAGUGCGCCUGUGUCUGAGUCUCUAGCUCUGUCUGCUUUUCCACCUCUAUCGGCUUGUCCCCCUGUGUCGUUGCCUGCUUGUCCGCCCGUGUCGUUGCCUGCUUGUCCGCCCGUGUCGUUGCCUGCUUGUCCCCCCGUGUCGUUGCCUGCUUGUCCCCCCGUGUCGUUGCCUGCUUGUCCGCCCGUGUCGUUGCCUGCUUGUCCCCCCGUGUCGUUGCCUGCUUGUCCGCCCGUGUCGUUGCCUGCUUGUCCCCCCGUGUCGUUGCCUGCUUGUCCGCCCGUGUCGUUGCCUGCUUGUCCGCCCGUGUCGUUGCCUGCUUGUCCCCCCGUGUCGUUGCCUGCUUGUCCGCCCGUGUCGUUGCCUGCUUGUCCGCCCGUGUCGUUGCCUGCUUGUCCGCCCGUGUCGUUGCCUGCUUGUCCCCCCGUGUCGUUGCCUGCUUGUCCCCCCGUGUCGUUGCCUGCUUGUCCGCCCGUGUCGUUGCCUGCUUGUCCCCCCGUGUCGUUGCCUGCUUGUCCCCCCGUCUCAGUGUCUGAUUUUCCACCUCUGUCUGUCUCACCUUCAUGCACCGUCCCUGCGUCACCCUCUUCUGUCUCUGUUAUGCGCCCUGUGCCUGCUUCUCCCCAUGUCUCGGCCAGACAUCCCUUCCCCAGGCUUGUUGUGGACGGCAAGGGGCCUGGUCAGAGUGCUUCACACCCCUUCCACGGAACUGUCGUCGGUGGUGGCCAGAAGGCUUCUGUGUUGGAACCCUGUGUCAGAGGUCCACCUGUCCUGUCUGUGAGGGCUACACAUUCCCAAGCCGACAAAAGAUAUGAUAAGUUUUCACGCAAUCACCAGUGCACAUGCAUGGCUCUAACAUUUUUAGCUUACCACAAUGAGGGGUUAGAGUUUAACACAAUGUUACUAGACAGAGUGAUCAUGAAAGGUGAUAAACUUUAUGUUGCCACUAAACGACAGCUAUUGAUGAAUAGAACUUUUGAAGAUAACCACUUAACGUUUGAAGAGAUGCCUAGGAAUGUAAUGACAGAGAGAAACCUUUAUGAAGUACACACAACAGGUUUAAGGGUUGGUCGAGUCUUUGCUCCUUCUGAAAGCCCUCAAAGGUCUCGGCAAAUGGCUUUGUCUCUUGGUGAAGAACUGCGGUCAGAAAAUGUCACCCAUGCAUUUCUUCUGGUGACUCCAGAAUGCAUUGCAAUUUUCAGGGACAGAGAUGGCAGGUUUGGAGUUUUUGAUUCCCACUCAAGAAACUUUGCAGGUCUGCCCCAACCCUAUGGCACUGCAAUAAUGAUGACUUUCAGCAACCGAACUACCAUGCUGAAACAUCUGCAACGGCUGUUUCAAAACCGUGGCCCGAAUGCCACCUAUGAGUUUGUACCAGUGGGUUUUGUCAGGAAUAAUGGUAAUAAUGACCUUCCUCAGGACUUGACAUUUCAAAAUGUUUCACUUCGCCCCACACAUGCAAAUCCAACUGUCAGAAAACCAGAGAGUGCUUUGAAUGAAGACAAAAUGCCUCCAUGGUUGAAAGAAAUGGACAACGUUUUUGAGGAAGUUAGUCCAACAGCCAAAGCAAGUCAACCUGUUGGAAAACCAAAGAUUUUGAUGAAGAGGAAAUGUCUCCAUGGUUGAGAGAAAUGACAAAUGUAGUAGAAGAAAUUGCUCCAAAAGUCCCUCAGAUGACAAAAGUUGAAAAAGCCAAGAGAAGAAAAAUUAAGAACAGGCUCAAAUCACAGCAGAAACAAAACACUACUACAAAAAUUAGAGAAAGUGCAUCUGAAAAAUCAUACAUAAGAACUCGAUACAGAGAUGAUCCAGUCUUCAGAAGCCAGCAAAAAGCAUACAUAAGAACUCGAUACAGAGAUGAUCCAGUCUUCAGAAGCCAGCAAAAAGCAUACAUAAGAACUCGAUACAAAGAUGAUCCAGUCUUCAGAAGCCAGCAAAAAGCAUGCAUUAGAACUCGAUACAGAGAUGAUCCAGUCUUCAGAAGCCAGCAAACAGCAUACAUAAGAACUCGAUACAGAGAUGAUCCAGUCUUCAGAAGCCAGCAAAAAGCAUGCAUAAGAACUCGAUACAGAGAUGAUCCAGUCUUCAGAAGCCAGCAAACAGCAUACAUAAGAACUCGAUACAGAGAUGAUCCAGUCUUCAGAAGCCAGCAAAAAUCAUAC